CCUGUAAGUGAGGCAAGAAUCAGACAUUUCAGAAGAAAGGAGUCGACCAUGCCCCUAGUUCCUUUUUAACUUUAACUUUCUAUACAUCCUGAAACGACAGCUAACAGGCUACAAAAAGUUUUCCGUCAUUGUUACAAAGACCCAUUAACCAGCCAGAAGACUGAGGAAAACAAUGACCAUCAAUUUCAUGAUCCUCAUUUUCACAUGGCUGCUGUCUGGGACAGCGAGCAGCGAGGUAACCAGAAAGAAUUUCAUACACGACCAGCUGACUUCACAGAAGAUGUUCAGCUCAUAUCCAGGCUCAAAAGUCUCAGAUCACACUGCAACACCGUCUGUCAUGGUUGGUGCUAAUGUGUCAGAGGGAAAAACUACCACUACAGCUUCUCUGCAAACAACUCAGACAAUGCCUCCUACAAAAAUCUUAAUGAACACUCAAACGACAGCAACUCCAACGGAUUCCAGAUUCGGCUCAACAGGCAUUAGGUCCACAACAGAAGAACAAUCUAAAGUCAUAAAAUCUACAACAGCUGGAGCCAGUCAAGCCAGCAACCUAACCAAACCUACAAGGGUACCUGCUGUACUUGGCAACUUUACCCAAACCCAGGGCACAGUGGAGACAUCAACCUCUCAGUUUGUCAAAGACAAAACUACCCAUCCAUCUAAACAACCACCACAGACUACAAACCUCAUCUCUACUGCAACCACAUCUAUCAAGCCGGAAGAAGACAAGUCUGAAAGUACAAGCACAGCUACAGAUGGUGAUACAGCACAGCCUACAGGUUUAUACAAAACUUCAGUGGCCACCUCCUUCAUCCACACCACCACGGUAAAGAAAAGACAAAAUCCUUCAGGAAAAGAGGAAAAUUCCAAAAAUAGAACACACCACAGCGAAACAGUGGCAGGACUAAUAGGUGGGGCACUGAUACUUAUGAUGGUAGGAUUCCUUGUCAUCUUCAUAAAAAAAAGGAAGCUUCGCAAACAGCAGAUAACAGCUUCAGAAUGGGCUGGUCCGUCACCGUUUUUAGAAGGUGGAGCUGACAAUGAGCGAGUUGCUCUGAGGUCAUCUACCCGAAUUUCUUUUGCCAGCUUUCUGCCACAGAGACUGUCCAAAAGAUUGUCCAUGCUUCCAGAAGUAGACAAGGAAUUAGAAGACAUGACAUUAGGUACUACAUUUGGAGGUAAACACCAAGAAAGCACAUUUGAUAGAGGGGUGGAUGGGAAUGAUGUACAACAAAGCAAUGAUUCUGCUGCAGUUCCAGAAACAAAAAGCACCUUAGACACUGCAGAGACUAUUGAAAACUCUGUCUCAGUGACGCCUUCACAAAUGAAUAACACUCUGUCCACAAAUAACCAUUCAGAUGUAGCAAACGUCAGUCAAGACCAUUCUGCAAAUCUUUCUGAUCUAUCUGGAGCUGUUGAAAAUGAUCAUUCACCAAGGAACAAUGGCCUUGGGCAACUUUAAGCUAACUUAAUUCCCAAGCCUUCCAAUGCACAGUCUGAUUCAGUGCACCAAUUAUAUAUCUAUCACUAUUGAUCUGCAUCACUCUGAGAGCUGAAUGCUGCUAAAUCUUGACUCGAGCAUUAUUCUCUUAUCUUACUCAGUCCUUGCUGAGCUGCCUGAUUAGGAGGUGAGCUGCACAAACUGUGAUUGUGUCAUAACAAACGCCUUCAUUUAGCAAAUGUGCUACAAAACGAUUAACAAGACUUCGCUAUCAUUACAGUAAAGUAACCAAAGUAAACUGGAAAUUAUAAACCAGAUACAAGUCCACUGUCCCUACGAUUAUGAUCAUUUUACCUAGCUCCGUGUUUCUUCUGCUAACGUUUAUAAGCCAUGAAGAAUGCAGGAGGAUGUUGUAGCAACAUUAUAUGAACGCUGUCCUGUGAUGAACACAACACACAGACUUUCAGUGACUAUUGGUAGCAAAUAGUAAUAUUUUCUGUACAGAACAGAAGCAGGGUCACUGUUUAACUUUACUAACAGCUGGGAAUACCAUAGGCUACGUUUGCAGGUGUGAUUAUAAAUACAGCUGUCUACUUGACAAAACCAAAAAGGGAACUGGUCAAACUGCACAUACAGACAGGCUGACAAGUCUUUUUGACAGCGAUACUAUUUUCGGAAUGUUGCCUCUGCAGACCAUGACAAAUGAUCUGAAAAUGAAGCAAUCAAAAUGUAACUAAAGUGUAGAUUUAUGAUGCUAAUCCUUUUCAUCCAAUGACCGCCUGGAACCCAUGAACAUCACAAAUGCUGAGUUUUUAUGCUUGAGAUUCUUUGCCCUGCCUUUACUGCAACCGCCUUCAGUGGCUCCAUUCUUUCAGUCUAAUGACGGUCUUCUUCACUUGCACCACCCCUUGAUUGAAGCGCACAUUGAGAGUACCAAUCAGAAACUACCAAAUGCAAAUUCAGCGCUUACACUCAGACCCAGACCUUUUGUUGUCUUAAUCUGUCGUGCCUAUCAACUUUCUAGUAGUUUUGAAGCAAUGAAAAUGAAGAAACUUUGUAAAAACAAACAAACAAAAAAAACAACAGUUAAUGCAAUAUUUUUGUUAAAAGCACUAAAUAAAGCUCGAAGCUACAUUUCAAUAACAUCUUGAUUGCUUAAUUUGUCUUUCAAAGUGGCAAUGCAGAGAGGCAAAGUUUUUAAAUUGUGUCACUGAAUAAAGACCUGACUAUACUUUACCUUUCAGAUUUACUGCAAGCACAGUAAUGCGGUAUGUAUAGCAGACAAGAAAUAAGAUUCAGGUAUCUUCCACAUACAAGUUAUGUGUCCUUAUUUUCUUAAGUUAUAUGUACAAGUUUCCAAGCAAUCCCACGGGACUAGGAUGAUGAGAUAUUGUUUGCCUUUAAGAGAAAAGUAAUAAUUACAACAUUUGCCACAAACAAACAUUAAAAAUUAGUGACUCUGCAAAUUACACUUCUUAUACUACUGUAUUUAUUGUGGCAUAUUAUCAUAUAAAACUUUAUUAAACAUUUUUUAGGAGCACAUUUGUCAAUAUCCAGCUUUUAUGUGGCAGUUUAACUUGACUAACACUGUUUUUCAAAGCUUGUACAACAAGUCUCAAAAAAGAAAUGAAAGACUGCCUUCUUCCAAGACAGUUCUGCUCCUCUAGUGUGCCAGUGGAAAUGUGGAUGCCACAAUUAUAAAAUAAAAACCACUAGCUAAAGGACUAUCAGUCACACCACUCAUCUUCUCCAGGCUCAGCACUUUCAGCUCCCAGCUGCAGCUACUGCUGACCAUCAGGGUCGAAACGGGAAGCAGAAAUGGACUACCAAUAAGCCUUUGCAAGACAAUAAAAUACAUGGAAAUGAACCACACAAAAUAAAAACAUAUGGAACAGUGAAGCUGUUACAGGGGGUUUUACCGUGCACUCAGUUAGCUGGAUGUACAAUUAUGCCACAGGCAAAGGGAGAUUUUGGUGUAAAUCAAAAUCCAGGAAUUUGUUGAGUUUUUUUUUUUUUACAGAAUUUCCAUUAUUACUACAUGUGCUUUGAUAGGAUUCAGCAAGUCCUUUCAAGUUUAAUCUGCAAAGUGUGACAGAGGAGGUUGCCCGUAGAGUGGACCAUGGGUUGAUGGGUUUAUGAACUGAAGCUCUGUUCAAUCUGGAUUUCAGUAUGUGUCAUUUCUACAUUACAAGUUAUGAGAAGAAUAUCUUGGUGUAUUUCAUUUAUUUGUUUAAUCUUCUUUUUUGCCCUUACAAGUUGGCAAUAAUUCUGGUAACAAAGAUUUUGUAAAACUUCUGUAAAUAUGUACUUCUUUGUUUUAGUUUUUAAAUGCUUAAUUCAGUUUCUGAAGAGGACUCAAUGAAUGAUGAAGAAAAAAAAGUCUUGUGAAACUGGUUUAUGUUACAUGCCUAAUUGAUUGUUCUUGUGUUUUUUAAUGUCAUGUUGUACACAAACCUACUUCCAUGUAUCUAUAAAUUCUGUAGCUGUACAUUACCUGUCCCAAUGAUUUGAUAAAAAUAUUAAAAUCCAGCAGACCAAAGACUUCACUGCUUCAGAUGUUUUCAGCUAUUCUAGCUCAGCCUAAGUGACAGUUAAUCAUCAACUGAAUGACACUCACAUCAACCGGACGUAAAACAUGACCUGGCCUCCUGUUCAUGUUUUGAUUUUCUCUGUUAACAUGGCCAUGACUGAAUGAAACAUUAAAUGCCAUCUUGUGUUUGGUUGUUGUAGAAGUGAUUCUGUACUGUCAAUUGCAAUAAAAAAUAUAUUUCAAGCAACAAA